AUGGGGAAUAAAUGGAAGCCUUGUUCAGGGUAUAAAUUAAAGGAAAUAACUGGCAGCAAAAUAUUCGCAGCUAAUGGUGAAGAUGGUGCACAAGAAUUGGGCAACAGUAAUCUUAAUCCUAAUAACAGAACAUCAGUGCGUAUUGUUCAGCAAGUGGCAAAUGGAAUAAGUCAGAUCUCAUUCAGUGCUGACGAAAAGAUUUCUCCAAAGAAGCCUAUCACUAUCCCUGAGGUAGCAAAGCAGCGUGAAUUAAGUGGAACACUGGAAAGUGAGUCUGAUAAGAUUAAGAAGCAGCUGUCAGAUGCAAAGUGCAAGGAACUAAGUGGACAUGACAUAUUUGGCCCUCUUCCCGAAAUUCCUUCUCGAUCAUUGGCUGCUGAACGCUCUCUGGAAUUAAAAGAAAACAAAGAUGUGGGGGAACCUGCACCACGAAAUGUACGCACGUCUGUCAAAGUUUCUAAUCCUGCUGGAGGUCAGAGCAAUAUCCAAUUUGGUGAAGUGCCUGUGAUCAAGACAGCAAGGAAGAUACAUAACCAGAAAUUUGCUGAGCUGACUGGCAAUGACAUCUUCAAAGGCGAUGUUCCUCGAGGGUGUUCUGAAAAGCCUCUGAGCAUGGCUAAGCUCAAGGAAAUGAGUGGCAGUAAUAUAUUUGCUGAUGAAAAGGUGGAAUCCAAAGACUAUUUGGGUGGCAUCCGCAAGCCCCCAGGUGGUGAGAGCAGCAUUGCCUUGGUUUAG